AUGGCGUUCAUGGCCGCCUUCGAGCUCCCUAGCAGCUACAAGGGGCUCUACUUCACUUCGCCGUCUACUCCCCCUGAAAUCACAUCCUUUCCGACGCCUACCGUAGAUGUCGGGUCAGUGAUCGUCAAGCCAUUGUACUGUUGGAUACCUGGGUACAUUAACGACGUCUACGGCAAGGAUAACCCGCGCCAGUAUCCUGUUCCCUUCCCUCUCGUAGGCGGCACCAACGCUGUAGGGAGGAUCGUCGCCAUCCCCUCGGAUGCAGCCAAGUUGAAGGUCGGCGACCUCGUGGUCGUCGACCCUACGAUUCACCCGCGUGACGACUCGGGCCAGAUCAUGCUCCUGGGGCUACUCGCCGCCACGGGCGAGAUGAAAGCACUUGCGAAGGACGUCUGGCACCACGGCACCUGGGCCGAGCUCGUCAAGGCACCCCUCGAGUCCGUCCACCGCUUCGACGAGGCGGCCUUGCAGAAACAAGGCGUGAGCCCUCGUGACCUCGUCUUCUUCGGACAGAUGGUCGUCCCCUACGCCGGCCUCCGGGACGUCAACUUGACCGCGGGCGAGACCGUUCUAAUCAGCCCGGCAACCGGCAACUUCGGCGGCGCGGCCGUGCACGUCGCCCUCGCCAUGGGGGCCCGCGUCAUAGCCAUGGGCCGCAACGAAAAGGUCCUGGGGGAACUCCGAGACCUCGCGCCGGGACGGGUUGAGACGGUUAGCAUCAGCGGCAGUUGGGAAACAGACCUAUCCGAGAUCUCAAAAUUUGGCCCUGUCGAUGUCUUCCUCGACCUGACUCCGCAGACCGCGGCCAAUACCGACCAUAUCCGCGCAGGAUUGCUCUCUGUCCAGGCCGGCGGACGCGUGAACCUGAUGAGCGGCGUCUCCGAGAUCACCAUCUCCCCCCCACUUCUUCAAUUCAGGGGCCUGACCAUUCGGGCGACAAUGAUGUGUACUUGGAGUCAACAGAGAGAUCUUGUUAAGCUUGUGCAGACGGGCGUCUUGAAGCUAGGCGAGAAGGCCGGCUUAAAAGUCCAAGGCGCUUUCAAGAUGGAGGAGUUCGCGAAAGCGCUGGAAACAGCGGAGAAAGAGUCUAGUGCCGGUCGAUCUGUUGUGUUCGCGCCUAACGAAGAGUAA